AUGAGAUGUGGACGUGUCUCUUUGCAUACCACCGUCCCUUCCGCCCCACUCCCUACUCCUCCCCUUCCUCACGCGCGCACUCACUCCUCCAGCGCUCACUCCUCCAGCGCACACUCACUCCCCCACUGCAUCCCUACUCCCAUCUCCUCUCAUUCGCAUUCGCUCCCACCGCGCGCGCCAUUUUCCCCCCCGCGCGCACUCGCCCUGCGCGCACUCGCUCCCACUGCAUCCCUACUCCCAUCUCCUCUCCCCCACUGCAUCCCUACUCCCAUCUCCUCUCCCCCACUGCAUCCCUACUCCCAUCUCCUCUCCCCCACUGCAUCCCUUCUCCCAUCUCCUCUCCCCCACUGCAUCCCUACUCCCAUCUCCUCUCCCCCACUGCAUCCCUUCUCUCAUCUCCUCUCCCCCACUGCAUCCCUACUCCCAUCUCCUCUCCCCCACUGCAUCCCUACUCCCAUCUCCUCUCCCCCACUGCAUCCCUUCUCCCAUCUCCUCUCCCCCACUGAAUCCCUACUCCCAUCUCCUCUCCCCCACUGCAUCCCUACUCCCAUCUCCUCUCCCCCACUGCAUCCCUUCUCCCAUCUCCUCUCCCCCACUGAAUCCCUACUCCCAUCUCCUCUCCCCCACUGCAUCCCUACUCCCAUCUCCUCUCCCCCACUGCAUCCCUUCUCCCAUCUCCUCUCCCCCACUGCAUCCCUACUCCCAUCUCCUCUCCCCCACUGCAUCCCUACUCCCAUCUCCUCUCCCCCACUGCAUCCCUACUCCCAUCUCCUCUCCCCCACUGCAUCCCUACUCCCAUCUCCUCUCCCCCACUGCAUCCCUUCUCCCAUCUCCUCUCCCCCACUGCAUCCCUUCUCCCAUCUCCUCUCCCCCACUGCAUCCCUACUCCCAUCACCUCUCCCCCACUGCAUCCCUACUCCCAUCUCCUCUCCCCCACUGCAUCCCUACUCCCAUCUCCUCUCCCCCACUGCAUCCCUUCUCCCAUCUCCUCUCCCCCACUGCAUCCCUACUCCCAUCUCCUCUCCCCCACUGCAUCCCUUCUCCCAGCGUGCAGCGUGGAUGCUUCGUGCUUUUAUCGAGACGUUGCCUUCUACCGAAAGUCCUGUGUCAUCGGCGACAUGUGAUGAAUCGGGGGAGUUUGAGCCCAGCGCGCGAGCGACAGCCACGGCAGCGGAAAUUAAGACGCCAUUACCCAUUCCUCCUCCUUCUGCCGACGCUCACCGUAUUCUCCUCGUCGCGGCCGUGUGCCGUCGCUGGCGCGGUCUCACUCAGCGUUGCGUCUCCGCGCUUCUCGUCCGAGACAAUCUCGUCGUGUCUCGCCAGGCUCUCGCGAGUGCUGUCGCUGCCUUACCGAACCUGACCCAUCUCCACCUGUGCGACGGCAGCGUCGAGACUCUCGACGACGCCUUCCUCGCUCACCUCGCCUCCUCAUGUCCCAACCUCGCCAUCCUCCACGUCGGAAGCAGAAUUACGCCUGUGGACUGCAGACGCGGUUAUGACGCUCAACUCGGAAAGGACGAGCACCCUCCCAUCACAGAAGCUGGCCUGGAUCGUUUCUUUCGGCAGAGCACUCGGCUGGAGCAGCUUGCACUUUACUGCCUCGACCCUUCUGUCGAAUUUCCCGCUUCCUUCUUUCAGCUGCCGCAUCUGCACACUCUCGCGCUCACGCAUGCUUCACCGCUCGAAUCUCCCGAUUUAAGUAACCUUUCAUCCCUCACCAGCCUGCAUUUUCCCUCCGGAGAAAUUACCUAUAAGCAAGUGGCAAGCGUCGCUCGCCUCCCACGCAUCACCACCUUGUCAAUCUCAGAUGAAGCCUCAGUCUACCGUGGUGAGGGCUUUGCACGUGACUUCGACAUGGCACAGCUGCCUCUGCUCAAGUCGUUACAGUUCGUCCAGAUGCUGCCUGCUGCAUCGCCAUGUGCCAGCCUGGAACGCCUGGAUAUCGUCAACAAGAACCUGAUUGGUCGCUUAGAUGAGCUUUCACCAGAAUUGCUGGCCUUUCAACUCGGAAAGCUGACGCCGAGUCUCCGCGAGCUGAGCCUUCGCCAAAGAUUCGCUGCGGAGUACGUUCCUGGUCGUAUCACCGCUCUGCCUUUCACUUCUCUAACUCUCUUGGAGAGCCUGACGCUCUUCGAGUGUAACCGGCUUUCCAGCCUGCCGGAGGAGAUUGGAUGCCUGCAUGCCCUGAAGACUCUCGUGCUGCACAGGCUGCCACUCGUGGCCCUCCCGGACUCCCUCUGCCACCUGCCUUCCCUUGAGACAUUCCUCCUCAUCCAAUGCAUUACCAGCCCGCAGGUCCUCCAGCUGCCUGCAGAUUUCUGCUGCCUCACGUCCCUCCAAACCCUCGCCAUUCUGAGGAUGCCGCGGGUGAGGCUUCCGGAGAACAUUGGUGAGCUCUCUUGUCUGCAUACUCUGUAUUUGAACGGUCAGUACCAGCAACCGCGGCUGCCACUCUCCUUCACUCAGCUGACUUUAUUGACCAGGCUUGAACUGGCGGUGUGCACGAUUCAAGAGCUUCCCGAGGGCCUGGGGAACCUGACUAGCCUGCGGGAACUUCACAUUCGUUCUUGUCCUCUGCUCCAGAAGCUUCCAGAAUCUCUGACAAGCCUCUCAAGCCUUGAAACCCUUACGGUCGAUGACUGUGUGAAGCUCUUCUCGAUUCCCAGGAGGCUAGACAGCCUUGGGAGGCUCAAAUGGCUGGAGCUGACUGGGUGUCCCGAUCAGACUCAGCCUCCUACGUCUCUCCCGCACUCCCUCGAGGUCUUGAGUUUUGGAAACAGCUACCACGCGGCUGAUCUGCCAGACGUCUCCGUGCUGCCUUGGCUGAGAAAGCUCUCCUUGAAGCUGGUUGGUGCGGAGGAGAGGAUGGCUGUGGGCAGCAGCUUGGCGCGCGUGAAGCAGGUGGAGCUGGCGCUGCAGGAGGAGGCUGUGGAGCUGCCCUUGUCCCUUGCGCUGCUCCCCCAGCUGCACACGCUGGUCAUGUGGAACGCGGGGAAGAUGCAGCGGCUUCCAAGCGACAUGGGAUGGGCUGUGCCGCAGCUGAGGGUUCUGCAGAUCCACUGUGCGCGGGAAUUGAGGGAGCUGCCGGACAGCAUUGGCGCUGCAUCCCGCCUGCGCCAGCUGCACCUCUUUGACUGCCCCGCUCUGCACCACCUGCCUGCUUCCCUCACGCACCUCUCAUGCCUCCACGAGCUGCAUGUGGAAAACAGCGGCCUGCGCUGCCUUCCUUCAGGUAUUGCACAGUUGACCAGGCUGCGCAGUCUUAGCUUGCAUGGCUGUGUGGAGCUGCAGGGUCUUCCAGACGAUCUCACGGAGCUGAAAAUGCUGCAAUACUUGGGCAUUAAGAAUUGCAGCAAGGAUGUGUGGGGUGGGUGGGACGCAGUUUUCGAACCUCGUGGGCUCCAAAGUCUGUAUGGGUUGAGGAUAGAAUGUUCUUGGUGGUAA